GAAACCAGUAAUCAACCAUGGCCGACACCAGUCUGAAACUCGUGUACUUUGACGGCAAAGGACGCGCAGAGAUGAUCCGUCUGGUGCUGGCAGCCGCGGGAAAAGAGUACGAGGACGUGCGUGUGACGUCAGAACAGUGGAAGGACAAGAAACCAAGUGCGCCAUUUGGAGCACUUCCAUGCUUGGAGAUGGACGGGAAAAUGUACGGCCAGUCCAUGGCCAUUGCAACUUUCCUGGCAAAGGAAUUUGGUAAUUGA